CAGAGGACCCGAGUCACGUGGGGCGAGCCCACGUGACCAGCAACCAAGUCCAACAUGGCGGCCUCCAUAGGCCGCUGCCUUCUCUUCCUCAUUGCGCUGUGCCAUUUCCUCGGUGAGGCGUCCGGCUACCUCGGCUUAGGGGCCUCCCGCGACGACGACUUGCUGCUGCCUUACCCCCGUGCGCGCACGCGCUUCUCCCGGGACUGCACAAGGGUGCGCGCCGGCCGCCGAGAGCAUGAGAGCUGGCUGCCAUCCUCCGCGACCCCCAGCGCCCGCGGCCCCUCAGUGCGCACUUUCGUCUCACACUUUUCAGGCCGCGCAGUUGCGGGCCACCUGACACGGGCCGCCGAGCCCCUGCGCACCUUCUCGGUACUGGAGCCUGGCGGACCCGGCGGCUGCGCGUCGAGGCGCCGCGUGACGGUGGAAGAGACUGCGCGGGAGGCCGGCUGCAGCGUUGCUCAGAACGGCGGCUUCUUCCGCAUGGACACUGGCGAGUGCCUGGGGAACGUUGUGAGCGACGGGCGGCUGGUGGGGAACGCCGAGGGGCUGCAGAACGCGCAGUUCGGGAUCCGCCGCGACGGGACCCUCGUCACUGGGUACCUGUCUGAAGAGGAGGUUCUGGACACUGAGAACCCCUUUGUGCAGCUGCUGAGUGGGGUCGUGUGGCUGAUUCGCAAUGGAAGUAUCCACAUCAAUGAGAGUCAGGCGGCUGAGUGUGACGAGACACAGGAGACAGGUUCCUUCAGCAAAUUUAUAAACGUGAUAUCGGCCCGGACAGCUGUGGGCCACGACCGGAAGGGGCAGCUGGUGCUCUUCCAUGUGGACGGGCAGACAGAGCAGCGGGGCAUCAACCUGUGGGAAAUGGCAGAGUUCCUGCUGAAACAGGACGUGGUUAACGCCAUCAACCUGGACGGAGGGGGCUCCGCCACCUUCGUGCUCAACGGGACCUUGGCCAGUUACCCGUCUGAUCACUGCCAGGACAACAUGUGGCGCUGUCCCCGCAGCGUGUCCACUGUGGUGUGCGUGCACGAGCCCCGCUGCCAGCCGCCUGACUGCAGCGGCCAUGGGACCUGUGUGGAGGGGCACUGCCAGUGCGUGGGGAGCUUCUGGCGGGGCGCUGCCUGCGACGAGCUGGACUGUGGCCCCGCCAACUGCAGCCAGCACGGGCUCUGCACGGAGACCGGCUGCCGCUGCGAAGCUGGAUGGACAGGGUCCAACUGCAGUGAAGCUUGCACCAACGGCUUCUUUGGGGAGGACUGUGCCAAGAAGUGCCAGUGUCAUAAUGGAGCCACCUGUGACCCCAUACAGGGGACCUGUGCCUGUCCCCCUGGCUUCACUGGAGACACGUGUGUGCAGGAGUGUCCCCUCGGCUGGUACGGGCCAGGCUGCCAGAGCCCUUGCAAGUGUGAGCACCAGUGUCCCUGUGACCCGCAGACAGGCAACUGCAGCCUCACCUGGUCACCCACACUGAACAGCCUCCUCUCCCAAGUGAAGCAGUGUCUCCCGCCUCCCGGGGCCACCCUGAAGACAGAAGAGCUCUCUGUCUCCACCAGUCGGGGCUUCUCUCUUGCCCACAGGACCACCUGGCUGGCCCUCACCUUGGCCCUGGUUUUCCUUCUGCUGAUCAGCAUGGCUGCGAACGUGUCCUUGUUCCUUGGGUCAAGGGCAAAGCGGAGCCGGCAUCUGGUCGGGGCCUACGCCUACCACCCGCUGCAGGAGACGAAUGGGGAGCUCCUGGCCGUUGAGAAGGAGCAGCCAGGUGACACCUGUAAUCCCUUCAAGGACUGAAGCCUCCGGCUACCCAUCACAGCCUGUUUUGAGGGCUUGUUUCCACAAGCUCCGGCUUCUGCAGGGGAAGUGCCAGGCCCUGACCAUCUGGGUGGUUUCCUGACAGCACCUGUGCCUCAGCACCUCACCCGGACGCCUGCCGUGGCACAUGCCACCCCAGUAGUCCAGCGCUUCCUGGAGAGACUGCCUCCCUCCCCGCCUGCCUGUGUCUGCUGCUCGGAGGCCCAUCCCCCAGGGCCUGCCCCACUGCCAAAGAGCCUCCAGCCUCCUGGGACGGGGCUGCCAGUGAAUGGAACUUGUCAUGACUGAGCCAUGGCCAAGUGCAGGGUCCAGCCAGCCCCCUCGGACCCGGUGGAUUGAAGGGGCAACGGCCACAUCACAGGACCCUUUUUUUACAGACCUCAUCACUGAAUUUGCCAACUAGAAUUCUGUUUCCUGUCAAGGGAAGAUCCUUAGAAGGGAAGAGGGGUGAAAUCAUGUUUACAGGCUCUACUGCCAAGAGGGUUUUUCUACCACUUGAAUAAAUUGAUACAAUCCAA